GGGCGGCCUGCAGGCAAUUCGGGAGAAUGGGCUGAGUCGAGGGCGGCUGAGAUUGGCGCGUCAUGAUCGUCAUGUUCCGGUGAGCAUUGUGAACAGCAGGGUAAAGUUGAACCAGCGCGGCGGUAAGCUGAGCCGGUGCAAAGCGACAGAUCGGUAGCGUCCAUGGAGUGAGUUGGCGAGGAGGUCUGUUGUGCUAAGGAGCAGCGCAGCGGAGAGCAAACGACUAGAAAAUACCGCGAGAUCUCGCACGCAGUGGAAAGCCGGGAAAGUGAAACAGGCGGUCACACAGGACUCACAGAAGUGGCAGCGUAGUAGCACGCAGCGACUCUAGUGCGCGCGCUCUCUCUCUCUCUCUCUCUCCCUCCUUCCUGUUCUCUGUGACCUUCUUGCCUUGAUUUGGGUUUUUGUUGGUCGGCCGAUUCGGCGGAAUCUUGGGACAUGGAAGAAGUUUAUGGGCUUGGUAAUGGUGGGUUGUGACGCUUCUGAUUUGGAAUUAGGCGUUGAGAAGCGGAGGCGCGGUGAAGCGUGCGGGAUAAGGGCAGGAAAGUUGUGUUUUUAAGCGGCAAUUGGGAGAUCGGGGGUGAUCUCGUUGUUGGAACCAUCAGGAGCAGUGGCUCAUUGAUUUGCUUGUGGGAUUUUAGCUUUUGGAAGUAACAUUCCUGAUGGGUUGAGAUUGCUGCCGUUCUUGCUAUUCUGGGUGAAUUGGCUGUUUUGCGCGAGAAUAAGGUAUUUUAUGAUGUGAACGAAGGGAUUCGGGUCUCUCUUUGAGGCGAUUGGUUGGAAUUGUGGGUAGGGAGUGUAUUUGGAAGGCUCUUUCUGCUGGAAUCGUUGAAUCAUUGAGUUUUUGUUGGUUAUUGGUGAAUUUCUUGGCGAAUUACCGUGUUAUACUGGUCUCUUUCUACUUAGAUCUGCAUUUCUGAAGUUUGAUCUCUGCCUUUCGUGGUUUCCAUACACUGGAAGAUUUUUAUGUUAGCCGGAGUGGGGAAAGUAAUCUAUUCGGAACUCGUUAGGAGGCGCUUUUGAGCACUGCUUUAGGGCCAAACAUUGAGCUACUUCAGUUUUAAAAGCAUCAUAACGGAAGAGGCGGACGUCUCUAGGGUUUUUGCCUUUUCCUUUCUGUCUUUUCAUAAAUGAUUGAUGCAUCUAUUGGCGGCUGUGAUGACUAAUUCGGGGAUGGCUGUGCUGUUUCCUCACUGGUAGUGCGGCGAAAUUAAUGUCUGUUUAUGAGAAUUUAUAGCUGCUUUUAACGGGCCGGCCUCCUCAUUUCACUAGUUCUUUUUAUGCAGUCUUGGUUGAAAAGUAAAUGAGAUUUUAAGUGAUAGCCAAGGCUCAGUGAGCCGUGUUUCCUUUUGUUCAUUUUGCUUUUGAUUCUGCCUGGAAGUGGUCGAGCUUCUCAAGGGGAUUAUACGGAACUCUCAUGGCUCUUGCUCCUCCCACUCGUUCAGCAAGCGAGGUGCUUGGUUCAGCUACACUCCAUGGGAAUCUGUUGUACAAGGAGCUCUGGCAUGCUUGUGCAGGGCCACUGGUUACGCUACCUCGUCAAAAGGAGCUAGUCUAUUACUUUCCUCAAGGUCAUAUGGAGCAGCUCGAGGCCUCAACUGAUCAAGGACUUGACCAACAGAUGCCUUUUUUUGAUCUUCCUUCGAAGAUCCUUUGCAGAGUGGUGAAUGUUGAACUUCGAGCCGAGCCUGAUACUGAUGAGGUUUAUGCACAAAUUACUUUGCAACCAGAACCUGAUCAAAGUGAAGUGACCAGUCCAGACCCUCCCCUGCCAGAACCUGAAUGCUGUAUGGUUCAUUCCUUUUGUAAAAUGCUUACAGCUUCAGAUACAAGCACCCAUGGUGGAUUUUCAGUUCUUAGGAGACAUGCAGAUGAAUGCCUACCUCCAUUGGAUAUGUCGCAGCAUCCACCAUGGCAAGAGUUGGUUGCCAAAGAUCUACAUGGCAAUGAAUGGCAUUUCCGUCACAUUUUUAGAGGACAACCUAGGAGGCAUUUGCUUACCACUGGAUGGAGUGUUUUUGUGAGCUCAAAGAAAUUGGUUGCUGGUGAUGCAUUUAUCUUUAUUCGAGGUGAGAAUGGUGAGUUGUAUGUUGGUGUAAGACGUCUUAUGAGGCAGGUAAAUAACAUGCCAUCAUCUGUUAUAUCGAGUCACAGCAUGCAUCUUGGAGUCCUUGCAACUGCAUCACAUGCUGUGUCUACUGGAUCGCUUUUUUCUGUCUUCUAUAAGCCAAGAGCAAGCCGUUCACAGUUUAUCAUAAGCGUAAACAAGUACCUGGAAGCGAGAAGUCAAAAUCUGUCAGUUGGGAUGAGGUUUAAGAUGAGAUUUGAGGGUGAUGAAGCUCCCGAAAGACGGUUCAGUGGUACAAUAAUUGGUAUAAGAGAAAAAGCUUCUUCUAGUUGGCCAGAUUCAGUUUGGAGAUCGUUAAAGAUCCAAUGGGAUGAACCUUCUUCUAUCCCACGACCUGACUGUGUUUCUCCAUGGGAAUUAGAACCUAUAGUUGUAGCUCCUCCGCUCACUUCUCAGACAAUGGUCCGAUGUAAACGAGCAAGGCCACCACUUUCAUCUUCUGCGGCUCAAGAGUUUUCUUCUGUGCUUGGUCCAUGGAAAUCCCAGUCUGAGACCAACCAGAGCCUCCCCUUCACAGGCUUACCACGAGGACAUGAAUCAUUUUCGCUGCCCUGUCCCUCAACUCUCUUUCCAUCAUCUAUCAACAGCAACAUUGGACAACCAGCAACCAAAAACACUCUAUGCUGGUCAACCAGGCCUGAAACUCAAUCAGAAUCAUUUUAUACCACCACUGUGAACGUUGAUCAACCAUCUGAAAAGAAACAGGAGCCAAGUAGCGGCUUCAUGUUAUUCGGGAUCCAGCUGAUUGAAUCUUCUACUGUUGCUGAAGAGGCCUCAUCAAUGGCUGCUAUCACUGAUGUUGUCAAGGAUGACCAUGAUCAUCUGGGUGUUGAUUCUGAACAGCAUUCCCAUCCCUCGAACAUAAACCUGUCCGACGCCCCUGAGCUAAGCAGUGAGCCUGAAAAUUCCUGCCUCAGAUCACCCCAGGAAUCUCAGAGCAGGCAAACUCGUAGCUGCACCAAGGUGCACAAGCUAGGCAUGGCGGUUGGGAGGGCAGUGGACUUAACAAGGCUAGAGGGGUAUGAGGACCUCCUUAGGAAGCUGGAGGAGAUGUUCAGCAUCCAAGGAGAACUUGUUGGGGAAUCCAAGAAAUGGCAGGUUGUCUACACUGAUGAUGAGGAUGACAUGAUGAUGGUCGGCGACGACCCUUGGCCUGAGUUCUGUAGCAUGGUGAAGAAGAUCUACAUCUACACAUGCGAGGAGGCAAAGCGAUUGUCUCCCAAGUCAAUGCUGAAGAAGCCCUUGCCCCAGGCCAUUGGCCCCUCUGAUGACUGACCUGUUGUGGCUCUUCUUCGUCAGGUAAUGUAGCACUGUUUUGCUUUCGUAUAUAGAUAGGAUCCUUUUCUCGUCGAUACUAUUCUACAUAGGCAUCCAAUGAUGGGGUCUUUUGAUGUAAUUGGCUUUCGGAUUGCUGUUUUAGUUUGACUUGUUAUACAGUGAGAAGGAUUGGAUUUAGAUAAGUAUCUGAUGUGGGAUUAUUGUAAAUAAGUUUUGUAAUUUAAUUUUUGUUGGGUUUGUGAAAUUAUUUAUUUAUUUA